AGCAUAAUUUAUUUUUUGGACAUUCAAAAUAGUAUAAUGACUGCUUGCUUUUGUAAUUUUAUAUAGAACGGGGCUUCUCUUUUUUUUCUUUUUCUUUCUGGCGCUCUCUUCCUUCUCGGACACUCUUCUUCACUCGGUCGCUCUUCUUCUUUGGUUCAACUUCUUCCACCCCUCUCUGGCUGCAAUUUCUCAGAACUGCAAAUUCUUCCAUCUUUGAGUUGAUUUCGAAUCCAUCCAAUUUUCUUCCGACCCAAUUCCUGGCGAGUGCUUAGGCUUUGCUUUCCCUUUCCCCUCAUUUGCGUCGUCUUAUGAUCGUCUACUUUACACCGAUUCCACCGUCAUUAUUGCAGCGUAAAAAUGUGAAUGGAAGAGUGAAAAGUGACGGAAUCAGAACCGGCUGUUUCCUCAAAGCCCUAAUUCCUCCCUCAGUCGUGUAAAGCACAUAGCUGGGUUGGAAGAAUUUGUGAAGUUGCCGAGUUUUCUGACGAACAAGCGUUCAUGUCUGACCCGCCUAUCGACGGUGACAGCCUCGUAUGGUUAUGGCUGAUUGAGUACCUAGCAAGCUUCCCAGAGACAGACUCUUUAGUUCUCCGUCAAUUGAUAGAGCAAGCGUCAGCUUUCCCCACUGAUUUCACCAAAAGCGCGAGGGAAAGGGUUGCUCUAAGGCGCUUUGAGGCUUUGUAUGCUGUGACAAAUGGGGUUCCAUCUUCUUCGGAGCCCAAGGUGGCAAUCGAUCAGUCAAACAGCUGUGAAGAUGUGAUCCGAACAAUAUUGCAGGAGCUUCCGUUGUCAGAUAUGAGAAAGGGUGGGGCAGAGCUGUUGAAAUGGGAUAUCCAGCCUUUCAUUAUGCACAAGAAUGCUUCCAUGCCUAAAUGUGCUUUAGAGCAGAUAAAAGAGAUGAUUGUAGAAGGUUCCGACUCAUUUUCUGCUUUAUUGGCUAAAUGUAGUGGAUUGCCUAGGAGUUGUAAUGUCCAGGAGGAAAAUGGGCAUCUAUCCGAAGAAGGUACACAAAGAGAUACUGGUAAAUGUGGUCAGACGAGAGUUAAUGAUGGCUCAAAGAAAAGCAGUUUUCUGACCUCCCAAGGUCUGCUGAGUAAGGAGUUUAUGGCUGCAGCUGAUUUUUCAGGGUCAGAUCUGUGUGUCAUAUGUAGCAGAAAUGGCCAGUUGUUAUGUUGUGGUACAGAUGGUUGCCCUCUGGCGAUUCAUGAAAGCUGCUUGGGUUUUACACCAAGCUCUGAUAAUAGAGGACAAUUCCGCUGCUCCUUUUGUGCAUAUUCUCUUGCCAUUUCAAACUACAAGAAAGCUAAGGAAAGGGCAUCUGUGAUGUGGAAGCAACUAAGUGCAUUUCUUCAUGAAGUUCCAGAGAAUUCAUCAAUUGGACAUUCUAAGAGAUCAUCUCAAGAUGGGUUGAGGAAUCUGCGGAGGAGGAAAGGCAAUCAAACGAAUAAUGGAAAAGAUGUCAAUGAAGGCAAUGAUAGCCAAUUGCAUAAUGGAAAAGAUGGUGUACAAGUCGAGGCUGUGCCUGCCCAUUGUGUCAGCAAUCACCCUACUAGUGAACAGGAUCCAGGGGCUGUUCUUUCUGUUUCAAGAACUCAAUCGUGCCCAUCAGUAAGAGUACCGGAAAGACAGCAGGACCCUGAUCUUUCUGAGCCCCCAUGCUUUGGUAAUAAUCCAUCACGCGAAAAGAAAGAUGUAGUUCUGGAAGAAACGGGGCAAGCUAAAGGAGUGACUGAGAAGGAAGUUCCAGAAAAGAUACUAGACCACAAACUUGUGAUGCCUAUUCGUGCUAUCCCAACGGGUGUAAGAGCCUCUACCAAUGAAAAUGAUAAAGCUAUGAGCCCUAACCACUCUUUGAUUUUGAGAAAGAGAAAAAGGAAGGAUAAUAUUUCUUCACCAAGGCGACGCAAGGUUCAAUGGACAGAAGCGGAAGAAACGAAGCUCAAGGAAGGGGUAGAGAAAUUCCCCAACAACGGAAAUCUUCCAUGGAAGUCCAUAUUAGAGUAUGGGAGGGCUGUUUUUUGUGAUACUCGCAAUCCCGAGGACCUUAGGAGUAAAUGGAAGAAGAUGUGUAAAAGAUAGUAAGAGUUAUCAGCCAGCCUGGUAAGAUUCAACUCAGUUUUUCCUCCAUUUCCCCCCGUUCUUCUGCAUAUAUGCUUAUUCUGCGAUGCUUUCUAAUUGUUGGUAAUUCCCCGGGAUAGAUCUCAUCUUGAUUGUUGCAGAAGCUAAAGUGCCGGCUCGAUGUUCACAUUUGUUAACUUCUGUAGCAUUAAGUGUUACACUAGAGCUUUACCAGGAAAACAAUGUUGUGCUAGAGAAUCUGACCAAUAUGUACAAAUUUGCAGGUUUUUCUUUUGUGAUCGACCUUCGUUUGCUUGGUCAAUAGAGAUGGAGAUGCCACAUAGAAUUUUGAUCGAAGUUCUCGCUUCAGUUGAUGGUCUGAUGGGUAGGAGUCAUUUUGACCAAUCAAUUUGGCAGCAGUAAUUAGAAUGUUGUCAUUAGACUCGUGAUACGUUUUGAAGUCUUCUUUGUAUGUUUAGUUUGCUAAAAACUGCAACAGAGACAUGUAUAUGGUGUAACUCUGAAUGCACGAAUACCAGCAUAUGUAUUUAUUGAACUGAGAUCAUUCUGUUGAAUAGUAAGCAUUGGUGUGCAUAAUUGUCAUCCAGCCUAGCUUGUUCUAACUUCUACGGCUGUUGUUAUCUUGACUCCACAGUCUGUCCAC